AUGGCUAAUCUCGACUCUGUUCAUCUCCUCUCCGAGGCGGCCUAUGGUUGCGAACACCUUGCUGCCAUCUUGAAGAACGAUCAAGUUGCAAUCCAAUUCAAGAAUGGAUUCCGCAAGCACUUCCACUCACUUGCCCCAUACACCAAGCCCGAGGUAGUGCCCAUUCAGGUCACCGGUCUUCGGACCGUGGCAUCCCUCAAGCCGAAGUACAAUUGCUUGCUCUGUCCGGAAACCUGCUUGGCUACGGAACGCAAAGCUCACACAAAAAAGACAGGACAUUCUUUCUAUAUGGAAUCUCGCAAUCGAUUCGUUUUCUGUGAGAAUUGCCUCGAUUUUGUUUAUGACCAUGGACUUGAGCGAAUGUGCGGCCCUAUCGCAUCGUUCGACGUAGAAGAAGUUAAGGGCAGAUGUGUCCCUGACUCGGCUUCUGAACUUUAUGUCAAGACAAAUGCUAACAAGAAUCCAUGUUCCCGCCGUGGGGCUCGCGGUGUAUGGAACAUGGGACAAACUUGCUAUCAAGCCGUGAUCCUACAGGCACUUCUUCAUGACCCAACUCUCAACGCCUACUUCCUGGCUGGUGGCCACGAUAUCCACACAUGUAACCGCAAUUUUUGCAUGGCAUGUGCCGCCAGCGAAGUCUUCAUGGACUUCAACAGCGGCGAAAAGACCGAAGCCGUGUCCGCGGCAACCCUUCUCUAUCACGGAUGGGAUGCAUCAAGAGAAAUGGCAGGAUAUCGUCAGCAAGAUGCCCAUGAAUACUUCCAAUUCUUAGUUAAUGCACUGCACGCCUCAACUCCCGGACACGCAGAGGGUUACGAUACAAAGUGUAAUUGCUUCUUCCACCAGACCUUCUACGGCGAGCUACGCAGCAGCGUUAUGUGCCGCAAGUGCGGCAAAACCACUCACACUUACGACCCAAUGGCCGAUCUUAGUCUGGACGUACAACUUCAGAGCAAGAAGCGCAAGCUGGGUGCUCGCUCUACCGGACCGGCUGCAAGCCUGAUUGGUUGUCUUGAGAGCUUCACUGCAGUUGAGGACUUGCAUGCCUCGACUUACAACUGUGAAAAAUGCGGCAGUACUCCGCAGGGAGCUUCUAAGCGAUUGCAAAUCGGCAAGCUUCCCCUUAUUCUUUGCAUGCAGAUCAAGCGAUAUGAGCACAAGUCGAAUACUUCGGAGAAGAUGGAUGGCCAUAUUGAUUUCCCCCUGACUAUAAAUAUGCUUCCUUACACCGUCAAAAAGGACAAAGAGCCCGUGGACACGUCAAAGUACAUCUACGACCUAUCCACUGUUGUGGUCCACAAGGGCACUAUGGACACUGGCCACUAUUACGCCUUCACCCGCGUAGCUGGCGAUCAGUGGGUUCUGAUGGAUGACAACAAGGUGACCGUUGCUACGGCGGCAGAAGUUCUGCGCCAAGAUGCGUAUAUGCUCUUUUACGGCAUUCGUUCAAUCGAGUCGGAUAAAGCCAAAUCUUAA